CUCUAACAAUUUUCAGACUUGCUUAAAAAAAAUUCGACUGAAUUCUUGCUGAAGGCUAGUAGAUUUAUUGUAAAUUGUUAAAAACAAAUAACAGGCUGCACACAAUGAGCGCGCCAAACAAUAAGAUGUCCGCAACGGAUCAGAUGCGUGCUAUGCUGGACCAACUGAUGGGCACCACACGCAAUGGCGACGAUGGACGCGGUCUGAAGUUUUCUGAUGCACGCGUCUGCAAAUCAUUUCUGCUGGACUGCUGCCCACACGAUAUACUGGCAUCCACACGCAUGGAUCUCGGUGAGUGUCCCAAAGUGCAUGAUCUGGCUUUUCGUGCAGAUUACGAGAGUGCAUCGAAGUCGCGCGACUACUACUACGAUAUCGAAGCCAUGGAGCACCUUCAAGCCUUUAUAGCCGACUGUGAUAGACGCACAGAUUCAGCAAAGCAGCGUCUGAAAGAAACCCAGGAGGAGCUAACUGCUGAGGUGGCUGAGAAGGCUAACGCUGUGCAUGCGCUGGCGGAGGAGAUAGGAAAGAAGCUGGCUAAAGCAGAGGCGCUAGGCGAAGCUGGUGAGGUGGAGGACAGCAUGGAGCUCAUGAAAGAAAUUGAUGAGCUGCGUUCCAAGAAAAUCAAAGCUGAGCAUGAAUAUCGCACAUCCAUGCCUGCCUCGACGUAUCAACAACAGAAGCUGCGUGUCUGUGAGGUCUGCUCCGCCUACCUGGGCAUACACGACAACGAUAUACGUUUGGCGGACCACUUUGGUGGUAAGUUGCAUCUUGGCUUUCUAACCAUACGUGAGAAGCUUAUCGAGCUAGAGAAGACAGCGGCGCCGCGCAAGGCAGAACUAAAGCGUUCGGGUAAGAUACCAGAGCGCGAAGAAGAUGGACGAGGUCGUCAGCGCUACUUUGUAGGUGGACGCGAGCUGGAUCGUCGCUCACGUGUGCACCGUUCGCGUUCACGCGAGCGACAGCGUCAACGUGAGGUGGAGAAACAAGGUUCGGAGCGCAGCGGCAACAGAGAGCAGGAGGACGAACGUCGAGAAUCGCGAGAGGGGCGUGAACCACGCGACAGAGAUCGUGAUCAGCGCCGUGAUAGAGAUCGUGGGAAAGCACGCUAUGGAGGCGGCAACAGUGGUGGUGGAAACGACCGUCGCAAUGAUCGUCGCCGUUCCCGUUCUCGCGAUCGCUCGCCACGCGAUCGACGCUACAACAACAACAACAGCAACAACAACAACUUUAGUGGCAACAGCAGACGGCGCUCCCAUUCGCGUGAGCGUGAGCGCCAUCGUCGUUAGAUCGGUUCCCACAUCCUGCGCCCGUCCACGUACGUAGCAUUAAUAACACCAAAAGCCAACCACAAACAUAAAACAGAAAAUAAUUUGAAAACAAAUCCUAAACUAAUUGCAUUAUUUUGUUUAAUUAUUCAAAACACACACACGCACACAUACACAGACACACUUACAAAAACACAGACAGUAAUAUGCCAAUAUUUCUUGUUAUUAAUCUUUAUUCUAUUUCUGAUUUUUAUUCAUGUAAACCUAAUAGUAACUAUGUGAAACAAAAAAAAAUCAUACAUAUGCAAAGAAAAUGAAACCAACUGUAAGCAAAUGCAAAAUCUUGUAAAUUCUUAAGUUGAUAAUACCUUAAAUUUAUUGGUUUAACAGCGUUCCCCACAAACGUUCAGUUCUUAAUUGUAUAUAGAGGCAUAUACUAUAAAAUAUUAAACUAUGGUACGUAGAGCCAAAAGUCCCAACAAAUAACAACAACAAACCUAUCUAAAGGGAUCAAUAAAAAGGCACUGUACUCAAUAUCAGUUUCAACAAAAUUGAGAUAUAUUUGAUGAAAUUUUUAUUGUGCACAUGGCUGCCUAUAUAAUUUCCAUACAGCUCUCAGACUGGGCUUUCCACUGCAGUACACGAGCAUUGGUAUUAACUCUUGGGCCUCCCGUUUGGGGUAAGCCUAUAUAAAUCUCUCUUUUUUCCAUACUCUACAACUUCUGAAUUUGUAAUCGUUUUGAAGUCUCUUUGGCAGCAGUUAAUUGAGCAAAAGGCUUUUAAGUGUGGUACGUAUGUAAGAAUCAACGUUCCAUUUAACCAUAGUAUGGUUCACACAGACACAUACCCAACUGUGUGUGUGUGUGUGUUAGUUAUGUCUUACAAUUAGAGAAUUUUUGGGUACGUAUGCGUCGUUUUUGGUUUUGGUAUGUAUGCGUAAUUGUUCGAAUUGGUUAGCAGCCCAGCAUAUAUAAAACUAUAUAUGGGUACGUAUACCUCAAAGCUGCAGCUAUAAAGGAAUUGCAUUGAUGCCUUAGUUUUCAAUAAGGAUACACUUCAACGUACGUAUUCCCAAAAACAGAAAACAAAAUAACCAACAACAAAUUCAAAAUUCUUUUUGUAUUGCAAAUCUCUAGUAGCGUUUUAAAUCUAUAUGUAUCUGUAGUUAAUACCAUUACAAAUUGCAACUUAAUUUCUUUCUCAUGCUCAAGUUUUGAACUUGCAAAAAUGUGUGCAGCAUAGGAAGCGUUCUAUCCAAAAUAAACUGGCCAAAUAGAUGAGGUGCGAUUACGCUAUAGUAAGUGAGUAUUUGGGGUGUGGACUUAUUAAAAACAAAUAAAUAACAAUAAAGCUACCUAAUGAAUGAAGUGUGGGCGGAACUUCUAACAGUUGUUUCUAAGUUAUAAUAUUUUGCAGUGUUUUUUUGGGCUUUGAGGUGCAACAGUUGUCUGGGUAAGAACUAUGCAACAAUAUA